CAGCAACGUGUUUUGCUGGGGGAACAAAAUAUCUGGAAGCGACCGUGAAGUGUCAUGUCGUCUCCGGCAGUUCUUGGCUGACUUUUGCCUUUUUCUCUCUCUCUCUCUCUCUGUGUAAACUGGAGCCGGAGCGCAGCGCAGAGGGGAGAGCGGACCCAUUUCUCCCUGAGUGACUGGGCAGACUGGGACACACGGACAGAUAGAGAGCGGGCAGUCAGAGUUGUCUCUCCACACUUUGAUAUCACACUGAACUUAUCGGCGUCAGAGAUGACAGGGGGCUGUUUCUACACGACUGGACUGGUUCUUCUUGUUUGCGUGAAGGUCGCUGUGUGGGCCAGUGACGGGGAUGCAGUGUUCAUUAGAGAAUUCACUCUGAUUCGACGAGACCACCUCCCCGAAGAGCCUCUCCAUGACAGCAGCCAGAAAGCAGAAGACCCGAGCUCGCGGACGGCCCGGUCAGAAGAGGACAGAGACACGCUGUGGGAUGCCUGGGGCUCGUGGAGUGAGUGUUCCCGUACCUGUGGAGGAGGAGCCUCAUACUCCCUCCGACGAUGCCUCAGCUCCAAGACCUGCGAAGGGCAGAAUAUCAAAUAUCGCACAUGCAGUAAUGUGGACUGCCCUCCAGAAGCUGGUGAUUUCCGCGCCCAGCAGUGUUCAGCCCAUGCAGACGUACGAUACCAGGGUCAGUACCACGAGUGGCUGCCUGUGUACAAUGACCCGGACAACCCCUGCGCUCUCAAGUGCAAAGCCAAGGGUUCGGGCCUCUUGGUGGAGCUGGCGCCCAAGGUGCUGGAUGGGACUCGCUGUUACACUGAGUCCCUGGACAUGUGCAUCAGUGGAGUCUGCCAGAUUGUAGGUUGUGAUCAUGAGUUAGGGAGCACGGCAAAGGAGGACAACUGCGGUGUCUGCAAUGGAGAUGGCUCAUCCUGCCGACUUGUGCGAGGACACUACAAAUCCCAGCAUACAUCAGGAAAAACUGAGGACACAGUUGUUGUCAUCCCCUACAAGAGUCGUCAUGUGCGUCUGGUUCUGAAAGGCCCGGAUCACUUGUAUGUGGAGAGUAAGACUCUGCAGGGGUUGAAAGAUGAACUGGUUUUAGAUACAUCAGGCCAGUACCACCUUGAGAACACCACCUUGGACUACCAGAAACUUUCUGACAAGGAGAUCCUGAGAAUCACUGGCCCACUAGGAGCUGACUUCACUGUCAAAGUGCAGUUUGCCAGUGGAGCAGACAGUGUGAUCCAGUACAUCUACUACCAGCCCAUCAUCCACCGCUGGAGAGAGACCGACUUCUUCCCUUGCUCCGUCACAUGUGGUGGAGGUUACCAGCUAACCUCAGCAGAAUGCUUUGACCUACGGAGCGGCCGGGUGGUUGUGGAUCAGUAUUGCCAUUAUUACCCAGAGAACGUCAAACCUAAACCCAAGCUGCAGGAGUGCAACAUGGAGCCCUGCCUGGCCAGUGAUGGCUACAAGCAAAUUAUGCCAUAUGACCUCUACCACCCCCUGCCCCGAUGGGAGAGCAGCCCCUGGACCGCCUGCUCCACCUCCUGCGGCGGAGGCAUCCAGAGUCGCUCAGUGUCCUGCGUGGAGGAAGACAUGCAGGGAACCAUCACUCCCGCUGAGGAGUGGAAGUGUCUCUACUCCCCUAAGACGGCGAUCCUGCAGCCCUGCAACACCUUCGACUGCCCCACCUGGCUGGCGCAGGAGUGGUCGCCCUGCACGGUGACCUGUGGUCAGGGUCUGCGCUACAGGGUGGUGUUAUGCAUCGAUCACAGGGGACUCCACGCUGGAGGCUGCAACCCGACCACCAAACCCCACAUCAAGGAGGAGUGCCUGGUGACUGUGCCCUGCUACAAGUCCAUAGAUACGCUCCCAGUUGAGGCAAAACCUGUGUGGCAUAAGCAGGCCAUAGAGCUGGAGGAGGAGAUCACAGUGACCGAGGAGCCAACCUUCAUCCCUGGUCCCUGGCAGCCCUGCAGCAGGACCUGUGGCUCCGGAACCCAGCACCGGACUGUCAAGUGCCAGGUGCUGCUGUCCUUCUCCCAGACUGUUGCUGACCUGCCUGAUGACGAGUGCGAGGGGGUCAAACCUGCGACAAGUCAGCCCUGCUACCGUACUCCAUGCACUGGUGUUUCGGGCCGAGGACAAGAAAGCAAAAAGGAGGGGGAGGAAGAGGAGGAGGAGGAGGAGGAAGAGGGGGGAGAGACGCCCGAAAGAGAGGAACUGCACGACUGGGAAUAUGAAGGCUUUACGGAGUGCUCGGAGAGUUGUGGCGGAGGUGUGCAGGAGGCUGUGGUGAUCUGUCUGAACAAGCAGACCAGGGAGGCAGCCGACCAGAGCCUGUGUGUGAGCUCUCGUCGGCCCCCGCAGCUCCUCCAGGACUGCAAGACUCAACCCUGCCCACCCAGGUGGGAAACAGGUGAGUGGAGUUCAUGCUCUGCUACCUGUGGGGUCGGUCUGAUGACCCGCACUGUGGCUUGUACUCACCGGCCCUCUCGGGACAGCAACCGGACUGAGGUUUUGAGAGAUGAAGACUGUCAAAAUCCCAAACCCAGUCCUGUCCAAGCCUGCAACCGCUUCGACUGCCCUCCUAUGUGGGACACCCCGGACUGGGGACAGUGCUCCCAGAGCUGUGGUGGUGGAGUUCAAAGGAGGCAGAUCCUGUGCAAACAGCGGCUGGCAGAUGGCAGCAUCCUGGAGUUACCAGACACCUUUUGCCCUUCCAAAAGCCCCGCGAACCAGCAGCCCUGUGCCAAGCAAGAGUGCCCACCUCACUGGGUCACAACCGACUGGUCCCAGUGUUCUGUGUCCUGCGGAAAUGGCAUUCAGACUCUACAGACCAUCUGCAGGAAGCACAGGGAGGAUGGGAGAUACUGGACCAUAGAACCUAAGAACUGUUCCUUAAUUUCCCGGCCCACCAGAAUCCGGCCGUGCUCACUCAGGCUCUGUGAGAAUUCUCUCAAGCCUGAACCCACCAUACUGGCCCAGAGGAAGGUCUAUAUCCAGUGGAGGAAGGGCAAAAAGUUACAGUUGUUAGUGGGCGGCUAUGGCUACCUCCUGCCCUGGACAACUGUGGUCCUUCGCUGCCCAACCCGCCACUUCCGCAAAGGCCACAUUCGAUGGCUGAAGGAAGGGAAGCCGCUGGUCAGCCGCCCGCACCUCUCCAUAACGCCACAGGGAUAUGUGAAGAUUCAGCAGGUUCGUGCAUCUGAUGCCGGGAUUUACACUUGCGUUGCAGGCCAAGCACAAGAACAUUUUGUCCUGCAGAUUAUUGGCAGCAAGCAGAAGCUCUCCGUUCCUGAGUCAUGGCUCCUCACAGAUCGACAACAAAAGGUCGGGCAGCCAGAUGUGGCCUCGACAGGAGAAAGAUUUCAGGAGCUACCCAUCUCCCUCAACCAAUAUGACAACAUUGUUGAGCAUUUGCUUGAGCUCAAAGGCUCUGUCCAAGAUGAAAAAGACAUUACUGGUAAACCACACUCCAGUGAAAAGAACAGGUCGACCCUGGAGGAUGAGAGAGCAAGUGCAGAAUUUUCCAGCCCGGUCGUACUCAUUGCGGAUACCCACAGGCUAGAUGAGAUCAUGAAAAACCUCUCUGAAGGCCUCGGAGGACCACGGGAGGAACAACUCAUCGCUCAGUUGCUCAGUGAGCUCACUAUGACGCAAGGUGAAAGCAAUGACUCGACUCUUCACCCUCCGGAAAGUGCGGAAUCUUCCACGCAAGGGCCGCUUCUCUACAAACCGAAAGUCCACACAACCAGGCCUAGGAACCCGGUGAUCAUCCAACGGCCGAGGAAGGUUGGAGCGGCACCGCCGUCUGACAUGCUAGUUCAUGUGGGAGUGCCAGCUUUGCUGCAGAAACCAGUUGCUAGCUUGGAGUUGAGGUGUGAGGCAUUGGGAAACCCUGAACCAUCCCUAACAUGGACGAAGAACGGAAAAGAGUUGCUCUACAACAGCAGAGUAGGCCUGUUGCCCACCGGCUCACUCAGGAUCCAGUCACCAAGCAAAGUGGACGAGGGUUUGUACACUUGCACCGCCAGGAAUCGUCUUGGAUAUACAUCUCUUUCAUCUUGGCUGCAAAUUACAAGUGGUAAAGGAAGAAGUUGUAACAGUAUGGGAUCAAAUGGCCCUCUUUGCUCUGAGAGGAGAAACAGCAGCCAAUCAGCAGAGCUGUGCCAUGGACAAGGCUGUCCCCUCAGGUGGAGAGUGGAUCCUUGGUCACCAUGUUCAGCCACUUGUGGAGGUGGGUCCCAGACCAGGAUUGUCCGCUGCAUGAGGGGUCCUGAGGGCAGGUCAACAGAGGUGGAGAGCCAGCACUGCCUUGACACAGGCAGGAGACCCUCUGACAGUCGGGUAUGCAACCUUCUGCCCUGUGCCAGAUGGGCCACGACCUCUUGGGGGCCGUGUCAUGGUCAGUGUGUAGGUCCCAGUUUGGCCACGCAGCACCGCCAUGUUUACUGCCAAAACACAAAUGGUACUAAAGUGCCGUACAGGAUGUGCAGUGGACUCCACAGGCCCAGCUCUCUAAAGAAUUGCUCCACAGAGGGCUGUGCCCUUCACUGGCAUGUGGGGCCGUGGACUCAGUGCACUGCCACCUGUGGACGACAUGGUUUCCAGUCACGCCAGGUGACCUGCGCGCACCGUCGAACUGGCAAAGCCACUCGUGAACAUCACUGCAUGUGGAGGCCUCGCCCUCCCAGCUGGCAGCGAUGCAACAUUUUGUCCUGUGGAAGAGCAGGAGAGUGUCGAGACAGCACAAGGUACUGUGAGAAGGUUCGACAGCUGGAGCUCUGCCCACUGCCCCAGUUUAAGAGUCGCUGCUGUCACUCCUGCCGAAACACCUGAGACGGGAGACAUGAGAUGAGGGCUGUGGACAACCUGGAUAGGUCAGGGAAGGUGCCAACAGAGACUUGAAACCUCUAUGCCCCAUCCUAUCGCCAACAACUGUUUUCGAUUAACAGUUUUGGAUGGGGGAUACCUGAGUGUAGAGGAAUGUUUGGACGGUCAUACCUGGAGUGGCUGUGAUCCGCUUUCCUCAAAGAUGCCAUGUGUGGGUUUGAAUUAGAAAGUAUUGUUUUGAGAGGAGUGAUGUGUCUGUUAAUGAAGGCUUCAGUUUUACUUCUCUUUUUUUUAUCUGAAGUUCAUUUUCAACAGCUUUCCUAGUUUAUGUAAAAGUGAGUGAGACACAUUUCCAUUGUGAGUAAUCGAAACUUGUGGUGACUGCGUCACAGGGAACUAUAAUAAUGAGGCGUUACACACGACCUGUCUGCACUAAUGGUAUGUGCUGUUUCAGGGUUUCCCUAAAAAAUAAGCCACCAUGUUCUAGUGUAGUACCAACACUUCUCGUCUCAAAUAGGUUGCACAUUAUAAUGCAACUAGCAUGCAAUAGCAUAAGAAUACAACACAGAAAUAGACUUUUGAGACUGAUACCCAGGGACUCUGGGUAGGCCGCUGAGUUUGUGAUAACCACUGGAUAGUUGUGCGUUUGCCUUUAUUGCAAUGAUCUCUCAAAACAGUAUUGUUAAAUAGUUUAGAUACUAAAUGAGCUUUUAUUAAUGCGGUGUGGGUAUACUCUUGUUUAAAACUACAAUACAGCAUAGCGCUGUAUAUAAAUGGGAAGAAGCUAACAUGAUUAAAAGCCUGAUAUUUGGUAAAUGGUAUAAUUUGGUAUUAGCCACCUGGGAAAUAGAUCAUGAUCUGUGCUACCAUUUUGGGUCAUUUAUUAGCAUGUGUUGACAGCAGUGAUCGGUCACGUCAUUUAAAGAGGAAAGGAAUUAGGAUUGCAGAUGUUUUUCCUGCAUUUUUGGCAGAAUAGAAAGUAGGACAAAGAUUUAUCUCGCAUGGGUUGCACUAAUGGAGGUAUAUGACUGAAGCAAGUCAAUUUUUUGGAAAUUUUGCACUCAACUCAUCCAAGUCUUUGUUAAGAACAUGGCUUGUAGAGUUUUUUUUUUUUUAAGGUUACAUUGUUUAUAUAUUUUGUCUUCUGAUUUUGUUAUUUCUUGUAAAGAUAUUUGUUAAAAUGUCUCUUUAACCACUUUGCAACGUUACAGCACGUUUAAGCGUAAGCUAAGCAUAAUCGCCCCCUGCUAAUUCAUACUGUCCACCUAAUCAUAUUUUUGCUCAGUUUGAUGACAUUUUAGGGAAAAAACUGAGUUAAAUUUCAAAGUUCUUAUGUAACUCUUCUGCUUAGGACAGAUUUCAGUGUUUGAACUCAAGAUAUGUAAAUAUGGUCUCAGUGUCAUAUUUGGAUAUUGGUUAAAACAGUUGGCAACUUUUUAAAGAUCAUAAUUAAUUAACCACAAUUACAUUAUUGCAUUGGGUUUGCACUUUUGAUAUUAUGUCCUGGGUUUCACAAUGCUUCAUCAAGUGCAACACAUACGUUAAGAGACUACUUGGCCUUUCAUUGAGGUGUGAUUAUUUGAUCUUAUGAGAGGAAAACAUCAUUAACAUGUUACUUAUGCUCUUAACUUAUGUAGAUAUUUGUCUUGUCUUUUAACUAUUUAUUUUAAUGUGUGUUCUUGUGCAUACUUUUGUAAAUAAUUACAGGGGUGGGUUUUAAGUAUUCAUUUCCCAACAGCUGAUAGUAUUUCAUGUGCAUGUAAUGGGGACCCUCUGCUGGUGACUUGAUGUGUUGCUCUCUGCUCGUGCCUGGUUUAUCAUUAAAUAAAACCAAAUACAUUCCUUUCAUAAUCUG